AUGCCUGCUCGUAACACCCCCCGUACUGUUGACGUCGUCGUCGUGGGUGGUGGCCCUACCUCACUUAUCACUUCCUUUAUCCUCGCAAAGAAUGGUGUUGAUGUCAUGAUCGUCGAACAAUAUGAGCGCGAGGAGCAAGCCAUGUAUGGGCGAGCGUGUGUUUUGUACCCUCGCUCCUUGGAGCUACUUGACUUGAACGGACUGUACGAGCACAUGGCGGAUAUGGGCUUCAUAAUCAGAGACUCGGUCACAAUCAACGAUGGGAAGGUGGUUCCAGGGAGAGGCUGGCAUUUCGUGCAGGAUGUAAUCAACGGGCACUGUUGUCUGGAUUUCUGUCUUAACCUCCGUCAGAAGUACGUCGAAGAUGCAGUAAAGAGUGCCCUCGAUCAAGUGAACCCAAAGAUAUUCAACGCUCCAGUCAAAUUCCUCAACUACACUGUCGACAACUCUGGCACAUUUCCGGUCACGUCAACACUGCACCUGCAAAGCGGCGAAUUUAUUCAUGUACGAAGCAAAUACCUUCUAGGGGCGGACGGCGGACGCUCAACAGUCCGUUCUCUCUCGAUGAUUGGAUUUCCGGGCACCAUGUCGCCGCAUAAAUGGGUCCGCCUAGAUGCAGUGGUGAAAACAGACAUGCCGUGUAGCCGGAUGACAGCUACAGCCAUUGAGUCCCAGGAGCACGGAAACGUUCUCUGGCUUCCGGUAGAUCACGGGCGCACACGCAUCGGAUUUGUUUUCCCGGAUGAGCUGUACGGCGAGGAGGGCAAGGGGGUAACCGUCGACAUGGUCAUGGAAGAGGCCAAGAAGGCGCUGCGCCCGAAUUCACUAGAAUUUGUGACGCUGGAUUGGUGGACGGUGUACGCGAUUGGACAGCGUGUGGCCGAAAAGUUCAGAGAUGGGCCAGUCCUGUUGGUCGGCGAUGCGGCGCACACCCACUCGUCCGGAUCUGCACAGGGCAUGAACACUGGCAUACAUGACUCCACAAACCUCGCGUGGAAGCUUGCAGGCGUUAUCAAGGGCUGGUACAAGGAGGAUGUCCUAGACACCUACUCAACAGAGCGCCGGGCGAGCGCACAGCGCCUAAUCGAACUUGAUCGAGACGUUGCGGCCCUGAUAUCGGGCAAGAUCCCAGAUCGCUUCCAAGCACCGCCCGGCUCUGAUGCCAACGAAUACCUCGACAGGGUCUUCCGCGAAAGCGCAGGGUUCACUGUCGGCCUCGGAAUCUCCUAUGCAAAAAACGUCCUCAACCGCGCACACGCGUGGGAACGCCAACCAACGAGCGUCCCCGUCGGGCACCGCGCACCCGACGCGCGUGUGUACCGCCAUGGCUCGCCUGUGCCGCGGCGACUGUACGAGCUCGCGGCAUCUUACGGAAGGCGGUUCACGCUCCUCGUCUUCGCGGGCGAAGUGCAACCGGAGGGCGAUGCAACGCGCCUCAAUCGUCCAUGCGCGGAGAAGUACCGUGCGCUGCGGCACUACAUGGACUCACCCGGUGCAUUCUCGAGGAACCUGGCAGACGUCUUCCAGCUGCUGACAAUCCUUCGUGGGGAGGGCACCUUGCAAGUUUCGGAGACGCUCGGAGCGCUCCCGCUGGGGCGGGCCGUACACGACCUAUCGGGUGAGGCGUACGCGCAGUAUGGAGUGGAUGCGCGGGAGGGAGCGCUGGUGGCAUUGCGUCCCGACGGCAUCGUGGGAUGCGUGGCACCGCUAGACGGCUGGACUGCGUUGGCCAAUUACUUCGGCGAGUUUGUGCACCCUGCCGUGCAGAGGGCACAGAAGGCAGUGAAGAAGGACGUCUCGUUCGCGGUCGGCGAGCUCUCUGUGGAAGGCCAAGAAGAGACACAUGCGGUGCUGCAGCGAUCCAAAUAGUUUUGUCCCAGCUUUCAUGUUGAUUGUAUGUAUACUAUAAUUCGCUGCCUUGCGUCGAGCAAUAUGUUAUCGGUCUACGCCAAA